AUGACUCCUCCUACGGCGCAAGUGUCCAUAGAUGAAGAUGAAGACUUAAUUACUGACCGUGAUUGGUCAGUGUACUGGAGACUACUGUUCAAAAAAAUCACUGAAGAAGACAUUGUUGCUUACGAAAAGGAAUAUAUUGGUUCUCAGGAAGAAAAGGAUGACCUCAAACAUGCAUAUCUGACAGGAAAAGGUGAUAUGGACUAUAUUGUUGACCAAGUCCAAUUUGCCCGCACAGAACAUGAACCUAGAAUCAGAGGGAUACUAACCGAAAUGAUUGAGAAAGGUGAAAUCCCUGCCUAUAAAAUAUUCACACAUGAACCAAAUAAAAAAAGACAGAAAAGAAUUGCAAAGGAAAAUAGAGAAGCCAAGGAAGCUGAGGAACUGAAAUUAGAAUUAGGAAUGGGAUCAGAGAAAAACAGUUUGGAACUUAUGAUUAAACAAAGGCAAUUGUCGAGAGCAGAGAAAAUGGAUUCCCUUAUUGAUAAUUUGGCUGCUAAAUAUGGUGGUAGUAAACCAAAAGGGACUAAACGUAAAGCCACACAGAAAUCUGAAAUGAGUAGUAAAAACAAGAAAAAGAAG